GAUGCGGGAAUUCCUGAGUGCUUGGCUUUGAGCAGCUGACUGCCGCCUCCCUGGGAAUGGGGGUUGGGAUGGCGGUGCCAACUCUUUCACUGAGUAUGGAAGGAUAAGAUCUAACCGUGGAUGGGGUGCCGCCUCUUCUGAUUUAACACCAAGAAGAAUUUAGGCCGGAUGGGAGGAAAAGCAGGAGGGGUAUGAGGCCCAGAGAUGAAUUUUCCAGAGAGGCUUUGAAGUCUGUGGAGUUUGAGAGAACAGAAUGGAGUUUGCGAAAGAGCCGAGGGCGAUGCUGAAGCUCAGACUUGCGUGGCGGAGGAUACUGGGCGCUGGUCUUGGGUCCCACUACCCUGCCCAUAUGUUGGCAGUCGUUCCAGUGACGGGUCUUCUCCCAUCUUCCUGCCCAGCCGUGGGGUGGAAGACUGAGUUUCUUCAGGCUGGCGAGGCAGAGCCAAGGAGCGUUAUUUCUGGGUGUACCGGUCCUGGGCCAGAAGGCCGACCUCAGCGGCCUGUCUCCCUUCCUCCCAGCAGCAUCCUCCCCGUCCUUCCUCUGCUGCAGAUGGGCUCUCCAAUGCAGAAGACUGCCCUCCCCUGCCUGAGUCUCAUCCUGCUUAUCUGGAGCCAGGGUCCCGGGGCCCAAGGCCAAGAAUUCCAAUUUGGGCCCUGCCGCGUGGAGGGGGUAGUUUUCCAGGAACUGUGGGAGGCCUCCCGGGCAGUGAAGGACAUUGUGCAAGCUCAGGAUAACAUCAUGAGUGUCCAGCUGCUGCGCAGGGAGGUUCUGCAGAACGUCUCGGGCGCUGAGAGCUGCUACCUCCUCCGUGCCCUGCUGAACUUCUACCUGAAUACCGUGUUCAGAAACUACCACAAGAAGGCAGCUGAACUCAGGAUCCUGAAGUCAUUCUCCACCCUGGCCAACAAUUUCAUUGUCAUCCUGUCGAAACUGCAGCCCAGCCAGGAAAAUGAGAUGUUUCCCAUCCGAGAGAGUGCGCGCAGGCGGUUUCUGCUGUUCCAGGCAGCGUUUAAGCAGUUGGACAUAGAAGCAGCGCAGACCAAAGCCUUUGGAGAAGUGGACAUUCUCCUGACCUGGAUGCAGAAAUUCUACCAGCUCUAACUUCCCAGACCGGAACGCCCUCCUCGCCCUCCCUGUCAUUUCCAGAGUGUCCCUCCCCGUGAUGUUCCCACUCUGAACUGCGGGUCCCAUUCUUGGUCCAGGCGUAUCCCCAAAGACUUCAUUCUUUAAGUGACCCUAACAACAGCCAUGGAAGUCUCCCUCAGAUGCUGUGAAGAAGCUACAAAGCAGGCUCCUAUAUUUAUUACAUCUCUAUUUAAUUCCUGUCAGUGUUUUAUAUAUUUAUAUUUAUAUGUAAAUAUAAAUAUAUAUUUAUUUGUUAUAUAAAUAUAUAAUCAUAUAUUUAAUAUAUAUUAAAUAUAUAUAAAUAUAUAUUUAUAUAACAUAACUAUAUUAUGUUAUAUAUUUAUUUGUUUGACUAUGAUCUGUGAAGACACCAGAGACAAUGCCCCAUGCUUCUCUUUUAUCCUCCAUGAUCCUUGGAACCAUGUGGGGCAGUGACGGUGCUCAGUAAAGGCCUAAUAAGCUGGA